CACCAUUUUCAACAGUGAUUUCCAGAAGGCAUUUUCGCUCCCAGCAGAUUGCAGUCUGAGGAAGAGAGAGGAGAUGGCGGGAGUGUCGCUGGUCUGCGUGCCGUUGGUGGGGAAAUCCGUCGAGCAGAUGUUGAGCGAGAUGGCAACGGCGACGGCCGGCGGAGCCGACGUCGCCGAGAUCCGCCUCGACCACCUUGCAAGCUUUGAGCCCCGCCGUGACCUAGAUCUCUUGCUUAGAAACCGCCCCCUACCUGUUCUCGUCACCUACAGACCGAACUGGGAGGGAGGUGAAUAUGAAGGAGACGAUGGCUGGCGUUUUGAGGCACUUCUUUUAGCCAUGGAAUUAGGAGCAGAAUAUGUUGAUAUUGAGCUUAAGGUUGCUCAGGAAUUUGUGGACUUUUUAUCAGGAAAAAGACCUGAUGGAACUAAGCUAAUAGUUUCUUCUCAUAACUAUCAGAGCACACCAUCAAUUGAGGAUCUCAGUAUCCUUGUAGCAAGGAUUCAAGCUGUUGGAGCAGAUAUUGUGAAAAUUGCAACAACUGCUGUGGACAUUACUGAUGUUGCACGCAUGUUUAAAGUGAUGGUGCAUUGCCAAGGACAGCAGGUGCCUAUGAUUGGAUUGGUAAUGGGAGAUAGAGGAUUAAUGUCCCGUAUACUUUGUCCCAAAUUUGGUGGAUAUCUUACUUUCGCUGCACUUAGCACGGGAAAAGAAUCAGCCCCUGGGCAGCCAUCUCUCUCAGACUUGUUGGAUAUUUACAAUAUUAAACAGAUAAAAGCAGAUACAAAGGUAUAUGGAGUUGUUGGAAAGCCUGUAGCCCAUAGUAAAGGCCCCAUUAUACAUGGCACUGCGUUUAGAUCGGUUGGCUAUAAUGCAGUAUAUUUACCACUCUUAGUGGACGACUUUGAGAGCUUUCUCAGUACCUACUCGUCUCCAGACUUCGCUGGAUUUAGUGUUACAAUGCCUCAUAAGGAGGCAGCCCUUGCAUGUUCUGAUGAAGUUGAUCCAAUCGUUAAGUAUAUUGGGGCUGUAAAUACAUUGAUAAAACGUCCAUCAGAUGGAAAGCUAAUCGGCUACAACACAGACUACACUGGUUCAAUUUCUGCCAUUGAAACCACAUUACAAGUUUUUUCAGGGAAGGUUCCAGGUGCUUCUCUAGCUGAUAGAAUAUUUGUAGUCAUAGGAGCUGGUGGUGCUGGAAAGGCACUUGCUUAUGGUGCGAGAGAAAAAGGCGCACGAGUUGUUAUAGCGAACCGUACAUAUGAACGAGCCAGAGAACUUGCUAACUUUGUUGGCGGACAAGCUAUAUCACUCGCAGAUUUAGAAAAUUUCCAUCCAGAGGAAGGGAUGAUCCUUGCAAAUACAACAUCAGUAGGAAUGUACCCAAACAUUCAUGACACCCCUCUCUCCAAGCCUUUUAGACAAAGGAUGGGGAGCAAAGCCCAGCAAUCUCAUAGUCCAAAGGUGGAGCUUAAUUCAGUGUUCAGUUUGAAAAGAAAACAAGCUCUGAAAUCGUACGCAUUAGUUUUUGAUGCCAUAUACAACCCAACGUUGACCAGACUUCUCCGCGAAGCGGAAGAGCUCGGCGUGACCAUUGUUACUGGAGUUGAAAUGUUUGUGCGUCAAGCUAUGGGUCAGUUUGAAAUUUUCACUGGUUUGCCAGCUCCUGAGAAGCUAAUGCGGGAGACUUUGCUGAACUUCCAUUAGAAUGGUCUGAUGUGGAUUGAUGAUUUCAAUAAGCUGCUUCAAUGAGGCUGCAAUAUACUUAUUUUUUCAUGGAAACACUCUUUGGAGCACCAGGUUUUGAGCAAUUUCUUUCACUUUACAUUCAGUGGAAAUUUAUUAGAACUUUUGUAUUUAACCCUGCCAUGUCCUCAAUAUUUCAUUUUUCAACCCUUCAAUGUUAUUUUUGUAAGAAAAUAAAUGAACUUACAACAUUUGCAUGCGAUUUAGUUCUUCGAGAGGGCGAAAGGGUAGCGCUUGUGACAUUUUUCUCUAUAAUUGAAAUAUAAAUGUUCAAAAAUAGUUGA